AUGAAUGGGGUUUCAGCGUGUGGAAGAUGUCAAGCCAAAAGAGCGCUUCGAGAGACAUACACCUACAUCCCUGCGUCUGCCCGCAAUAGCACUCCACAACUACCGACUUCUGCUGUACCGGCCCAGAUAUAUUCGGAGCAACCCAAUGCCGUCGACAUCCCAGGAGCUCACGACCCCGAUGAUGAAGGAGGAUUCGCUUCCGAAGUCAAGGCUGCCGUUGAUGCCAGACUGGGGCUACCGUCCUCGAAGAAACGCUGUCCUAUUCCUCUGACGGAUGCACCGUUAUUUGGCUCGUUCUCUCUCCCGGAUGCUGUCAAUGGCGGCGGCGUAAAUCCUGCGGAGAAUGUGCUUCCCUCGCGCAAGCAUGCGAACGAACUGGCCAGCCUGUACUGGCGAUGUCUGGAACCUCUGGAACCGCUGUUUGACCGGACAUCCUUCUGUGCCGCCUACCAAGCACUAUUCGGGCACAGAGAUGGAGUGCGAUGA